GGAUCCGGACAAAUUCAACUGUGGCAAUUUCUGCUCGAACUUCUAUCGGAUCACCAGAAUAUGCAAUGUAUCACGUGGGAGGGCACAAAUGGUGAAUUCAAACUGGUCGAUCCGGACGAGGUGGCACGAAGAUGGGGAGAGAGGAAGUCUAAACCGAACAUGAAUUACGAUAAACUUAGUCGAGCUUUACGCUACUACUACGACAAAAAUAUCAUGACCAAAGUUCAUGGGAAGCGUUACGCGUACAAAUUCGAUUUCACUGGUUUAGCCCAGGCUGUACAAUCGGCAGCGGCAAAUCCAAAUCUUGGAGUAGACGGUGAAUUCCGUUUAAUUCAUCCCGAUUAUUCGACACGACUAUUCUCACCGGCAUUUUCCAAAAAGCUUUUAUGCCCUAAGGUUUCAAACCCUCUCCCUCCCCCAGUCCCUGUCACACACACUUAG